CCGUGCCCAGCGCUGCCCUCCACUCCAGCCCCCCAGCUCGCAGCAUGGGGACCCCGGCUCUGAGCCUUCUCAGUGCGCUGCUGCUGUUGCUGGGCCCACGCCUGGGCCAGGCUGGGCCCAUGUACUUCCUGGCGGCCCCCAACAUCCUGCGCGUGGGGAAUGAGGAGAACGUGGUGCUCCAGGCCCAGGCCCAGGACGGGAGCCUCUCGCAGGACAUCCGCGUGCAGAUCCGGCUCUUCGACUUCCCGAAGAGAGGGACGAUGCUGCAAGAAAAAGUCGUCUGGCUGAGCCUGGCCAACGGCUUCCUGGCCAUGACCACGGUGCAGGUCCCAGAGCAGUACGUCUCCGAGGGCACCGAGAAGCAGUAUGUGGUGGUCCAGGCCACGUUCGGAGAUGUCCCCUUGGAGAAAUACAUCCUGAUUUCCCCACACACUGGCUACACCUUUGUCCAGACUGACAAGCCCAUCUACACCCCCGGCCAGAAUGUGAACUACAGGGUCUUCGCCGUCAACCACCGGAUGGACCCACUGGAGGCUAACUGCAUCAUUGCAAUCCAGAGUCCCGAGGGCAUCACAGUCAGCAGCACCACCCGGAAACUGGACAAGGGCCUGUACACCGGCACCUUCCGCAUCCCUGAGCACGUCAGCCUGGGCUCCUGGCGGAUCGUGACGCGGUUCCAGAGCAGCCCCCGGCAGCCGCAGAGCGCCGAGUUCGAGGUGAAGGAGUACGAGCUGCCCAGCUUCGACGUGCUGCUCACACCCAACAAGAAGUUCUUCUACCUCAGCGACGACAGCCUGACCGUGACCAUCAAAGCCAGGUUCGUGUUCAAUGAGCCCGUGGACGGCUACGCCCUGGCGAUCUUCGGGGUCAAGACAGAGACUCAGAAAAUCAACCUCCAGAACUCCCUGCAGAGAGUUGAGAUAAAUGACGGCGAAGGCCACGCGACGCUGACGGGGCAGGUGCUCAGGGAAAGCUUUGCCACGCCAGAGGAGCUGCUCGACGCCUUCAUCUUCGUUAACGUCACCGUCUUCUCCUCCGGCGGAGACAUGAUGCAGGCCGAGAACUCGGAGGUCAAGAUCGUCAGCACCCCAUACAGGAUCCGGUUCGUCAGAACACCUGGGUUCUUCAAGCCGGGGAUGCCCUUUAACUUCAGGGUUUACGUCACCAACCCGGACGGGUCGCCGGCUGCAGACGUUCCUGUUUGUAGCGAGGACCAGAAGCGCAUGACCAAGGAGGGCCUGGCCUCCAUGGUCCUCAACACCCAACAGAGCGUUAAACACCUGGAGGUCAAGGUACCUGCUGCUCCGGGGUGUCUGGGA